AGUGACGUGACGAGCGAACAUCAUUUUUGGUGGAUUCCGAGGUUGAAUAUUUAAUUAGUGCCGAAACUUAGCUGUUCUGUAAGUAGUUUUAGGUAUAUCAAGUCUGAGCAGGAGCCCCGCAACAUAUAUGAGUGUCUCCCAAGGGGGCUUGCCCCCUGGAAAGAAAAGGAAGGAAUCGAAGGAUUCAAUGGAUGCAACUAUUGAAGAUAAUUCCCAGAAGGUAAUUCUGUGUUAUAACUGUAUGCGUUAUGGUCAUUUGGGUAAGCAAUGUAGAAGCAAGCCUAGGUGUGCAAAAUGUCACGAAGAACAUGUUACUAGCUCAUGCCACAACGACUCUUUGGAACAAAAAUGUUUAAUUUGCGAUGGCAGUCACUACUCAUUGGAAACUUCAAAAUGUAAUGAAUUUGAGAGGCAAAAGGCAAUUAAAAAGCAUAUGGCAAUGACUAAUUCUUCUUUUAGAGACUCAAACAAUGCGGUGCCAAAAACCACAUAUGCUUCAGUUACAAAAAAUAAUCCCAUUACGCCUCAAGAAAUCAAUAGUUCUGAUCUUCCAUCUCAAUCAUCAAACACUCAAACAUCAAUAAAUAUUCCAAAUGCGAAUUCGCACUUUACACAAAGGUUGUCUAAACCUAUGAAACGGAACUCGCCUUCCUCGCCAGAUUUGACAGAAGAAGCUAGGAGACAAAUUGUGAGUCAAGUAAACACUCCACAGGUACCCGGGGGUAUCACUAAUAACCCCAGUUAUUGUGUACACGAAUUUAAUACGAGAGAUGAGACGUUCAUCCAACAUGUUUCAGAAUUGGUUAUAUUUGUUCUUACAAAUUUUAGAGAAACAAACAUCAACAGCUUGAAUAAAUCAACUAUAACUAAUCUCAUAAGAGAAAGAUUAAAUAUAGACAAAUAA